AUGGGAAAAGUUUCACCAACGCUGCUCUCGCAGCUUUUAGAUAUUGAAAACUUUCCCAAAUCGACAAGAAAGCUUCAUUCUAUCAAUCCUGGAUGGUUUUACAUUCAUUUUUUGAAUGCAGUAAAUAAUUCAUAUCUCGAAUCAUUCGAUUCACAUCAAUUAUACUUUAGUCUUGCAAAUAAAAUCGAAUAUGGGUGGUAUAAACACUACUUAAAUGAAGAACAAUCGAACUAUUUACAAAAUAAGAAAGAUAUUAAGUUAUAUUCAAUUAUUAAACCAAAAUCACAACUCAGAAAAGUACUUGAUAUAGCUCCUGAUGAGAGAUAUCUUAUAGAAACCAUUCCAGAAUGGGCAGAAGAAAAUAAAAAUUACAAAGUUGAACAUUUCGCAAGAUCAUUCUACACCGUAAGUGGAAAUAUCGAUAUCAAUGCAGUAUACGAUGACCCUCGUGUUGCUUCCAUUCGAAAAUUCCCUUCUCGAAAAUUAAAGAACAGAUUUACAACAGGAUACAUUCAAACCAACGACAGAAACGUUACAUUCGAUAAUGACGCCAUUUCCUAUGAUCGUCCGCUUACAAGAAAAGGAUUAAAUGGAAAAGGCCAAGUUAUUUCAGUUUUCGAUACAGGAGUUGAUUAUUUACAUCCAUUUUUCUACGAUCCCAAUGUUAAACCUCCAGUUGGAACUGCAAACCCAGCCCAUAGAAAAAUUUUACAAAUUGUCCCAUGUGCGGACUCCAAAGACGUUUUACACGGCCAUGGCACACACGUAUGUGGCACCGCGCUUGGAGAAGCAUAUUGCGGCCCUGAAUGUGGUCUCAGUCUUUACAAUGGCGUUGCAUCGAAAUCCAAGUUAAUUAUGUACGAUUUAGGCUUCUUCCACGACGGCAAUGCCAUGAACGGUGACUUCUCAUUAGAGAACAGCUCAAUAGAUAUCCAAGAACUCGGUAGUUACAUCUCAUCAAAUUCUUGGGGCGUAGAUGUUGACUGUGAUGAGGUUACAUGGGGCUAUGACGUAAUGAGUUACUUCCAUCCUCACUUACUUUUUGUUUUUGCUGCAGGAAACUCAGGCGCUGCCCAUGAUCUUUCGUGUCCUUCAGAUUCCAAAUCAGUUUUGUCCGUUGGCUCUGUGGAUAGACUCAAGCUUAGUUACAUUCAUGACUACAGUGCUCCCAUCUACGCAGAACACAACUCUUCCCAAAUUUCCGUGAAUCAAAUUUCGAAUUCCAAAAAUAUUUUGUCAUCAUCAAUCAAUGAUGGUGCGAAAUACAGGAUAUACGAAAGAGAAAUCGCUCCUGUAACAGACUGCAAAGACAAAGUAGUCAUGAUCAGUAGAAAUGACUGCGAAACACUUCAAAAAGCUGUUGAUGGAGGUGCAGCCGCAGUUAUUAUGAGUGGAGGAAACAGUUGCUCUGUUUCUUUAUCAAAUGUUAUUGGUGUAUACACAUCCGAAGAUAGUUUCAAUGUUAUCAAAUCAUGGGGAAGAGUAACUUUGACGAAAAGAUCAGUGAGAUCAGGAAAUCAAGUCAAAGCUUCUUUCUCUUCUUAUGGUCCUUCAUUUUAUUCAUUAACUAAACCUGAUAUUUUAGUUCCAGGACAAACAGUUUAUAGUUCAGACGGUGCUGUACAUUAUAGCGAGAACCCAACAGCAGCAACUGAAUCAAGUUUAGUCACAAAGUCGGGAACAUCAAUGUCAACACCAGCUGCUGCAGGAAUGGCUGCAAUAAUCAGACAGUUUUUCGUUGACAAAUUCUAUCCUUAUUUCGAACAGAGAGAUGACGGCGAAACAUUCAAUCCAACAAGCUAUUUCGUACGCGCUUGCUUCAUAACGUGCUCACAACCAAUACAAGGUGCUUCAUACCUUACUCCUGAUACAGCAUCUGGUUAUGGAACUCCUGUUUUGAAUGAUUUACUUGGCGGAAUUAACGGUUUGAGAGUUUGUGAUGAACAACAGAUUUUACCAGGAAAAUCUAAUAAUUACAAGGUCAAAACGAACUCAUCUAAGAUACCUUUGGUUAUUACUAUGGCUUACUUGGAUUAUGUCCCUGAUUUCCACGUAAGAAGGUCUUUGUUCGCUGACUUAGAUUUGAUUGUUCGUUCUCCUUCUGGAAAAAUUUUCAAAGGAAAUGGAAAAAGUGACAGUUUGAAUACAAAUGAAAGAGUUUACAUUUCUGAGAACGAAGUAGAGGAAGGAGAGUAUGAUAUUACAGUUCUUGCUAACAAUUUCGCUGUAGACAAAGAGUUUACAAACAUAAGUUACGCUUUGGUUGCUAUGGGACCGAUUUCCCAAGAAGAUUUCGUUUCAAAUCCUGUUUUCUUGACAAAAACAACAGAAAAACCGAAGAUAGAAUGCAGCAAUGGUGUAUUCAAUGGCGAUAAAUGUGUUUGCAAUGAUGAAUACACAGGAAUGCUUUGUGACAAGAAGUUCCAAAUCAUUGAACCAGAUAAAGACUACAGAGUCAAUCCUGUUCUUUAUAAUAUAUAUUAUUAUAGUGUUUCUAUUAAUGAUAAUUCGCAUAGUUACACCCCUGAGCUUUCCAUUGCAGUUCUUGAAAGAAAUAGACCGAAUAUUAGUGUUGUCUUGAGUGCUUCGAAGUUCGACAACUUGUAUGAUGAAGGAGUAAUGCAUACAGCAGCAACUCGAACAUCAAAGUUCAGUUUGGAUAAGGAAAUGUUUGGAGAAAAUGCUUAUUUAGCUUUGUAUUCAUCCAAGCAAAAUACUCCAUUCACUUUCAGAGUUUCUUUGAAGAAGUCAUCAUCACAACCUGAAACAUCAUCAACUGCUUCAAAGCCAACAAAUAUUCCUCCUACUCCUGAACAGAUAGUAGAUAAAUCUCCAAGAACAGCUGCUCCAACAUCAAAGGAUGAUUACCAGGAAGAAAAAGUUAUCACACCAACAAUCAUAGCUUUGAGUUCAGCAUUGAUAAUAAUUGUAUCAAUAAUCAUCAUUCUUUUGUUGUGGCCUGGAGUUUGCAGAUGCGUCGAUGGAGAUGAUUCUUCUAUUGCUAAGAAAUUGUUGAGGAAUAGAAAGAAGAUUCAGGAUUUGAAGGAGAAAUUGAAUCCAAAUCAUGGAGAAAUAUCUGAUACAGUAGAUGCUAUAGCUGUUUGA